AUGAAGGCCCUCGCCCUCCCCAUCUUCUUUUGCCUUACCGGCCUCACUACUGCUCGUACCGUCCUAUCCGGCUGUGUCUCAUCCCUCACUACCGACCAGUACCACGAAGCCAGCCUGAUCUGGUAUGUGCCCGGCAGCGGCGAGAUCUGCGCCUUUCCCGACUGCGGCGGCGGAACCGCACCACCGAAGACCGACCAGCCGGGCUGCCCCUUGUAUACCGGCACGGCAACUCUGACCCCCAGCUACUUGCCUGGCUACGGCCCUAAUGGCAAGAUGGCGGCAUCGACAUCCACGCCGAAGGAGACUACGUUGACCGGCACGACGAAGGAGACUAUGUUGACCGGCACGAGAACUGCCACCAGUGCUAGCGAUAGCAUGAUCACUACGGCACCAACUACGUCACACCUGGCUUCUUUGACGACUACCACCUCAAAAGACAGAACUGUGUCAAACUCGACAUCUGCUGCUCCAACUUCUACGACUACUGGCAAUGCUGCUAGCAUGCAUACUUUCAAAGUUGGGGGCGUUAUGGGUAUUGUGGCUGCAGUUGUUGGUAUCAUGGCUCUAUAA